UGUGAAUGUCAUUGGAAGGGUGAUUUGUUUUGGCUGUGGUGAUGGCUUCAUCGAAAUUGUGUGUUGUGUAUUUUGUGAUAUUUGUUUGUUACCAGCGUGGGUAUGGGUCUUCAGCUGCGAACGUUGUACAGAAUAAUGAUUUCCGUCCUUAUCCAAAGUAUGAUAAUUAUUUGGACGUAACCAAAAAAUUAAAUGAAACCGUUUUACAGUACCCUGAACUCAGUAAGUUUUACAGCAUAGGGAAAAGUUUACAGGGGCGAGAACUUUGGGUUGUUCAGUUGAGUUCAGAUGUCAAAAGUAGGACGUUGUUGAAACCGAUGUUUAAGUAUGUUGCAAAUAUGCACGGUGAUGAGACUGUUGGCAGACAGCUAAUGAUUUUUUUAGUUGAAUAUCUUUUAAAAAAUUACGGACGAGAUGAACGAGUGACAAGACUACUGGACACCACUGAUAUACAUAUAAUGCCGUCCAUGAAUCCAGAUGGUUUCGAGAAUUCUUCGGAAGGAAGUUGUGAAACGAAGAACGAUUCCAGUGGUCGAACGAAUGCAAAUGGAGUGGACCUGAAUCGCGACUUUCCAGAUCAGUUUGAUCAAAAUCAGAAUGAUCACGUUUAUAUCACAACUGGCAGGCAAAAUGAAACUUUAGCUGUAAUGACAUGGAUUGUGUCAAAUCCUUUUGUACUGUCUGGAAACCUACAUGGUGGUGCUGUUGUCGCAAGUUACCCAUUUGAUGACUCAGGAACGUCCCGCGAGUGCUGUAAAGAGAGCAAAUCUCCUGAUGAUGCUUUGUUUCAAUCAUUGGCUCGCACCUAUGCUGCUGCUAAUCCUAAAAUGACUGAGGGAAGUGCGUGCCCACUAGAGAAAUUUAAAAAUGGUAUAACGAAUGGUGCUAUGUGGUAUGAAGUGAAAGGAGGCAUGCAGGAUUUCAAUUACGUAUACUCCAAUUGCUUUGAAGUGACAUUUGAAUUAAGCUGUUGUAAGUACCCUAAUGCUUCUGAAUUGUCGACUGAGUGGGAAAACAACAGAGAGAGUCUCUUAAGUUUCAUGGAAGCUGUGCACAAAGGAAUCAAAGGACUUGUUUUGAAUGACCAUGGUGAUCCCAUUGAGGCUGCACGAGUAUCAGUAGAAGGCAUAGCACAUGACAUAGUGACAAGUAAACAUGGUGAGUUCUGGCGGUUACUGUUACCUGGAACAUAUACUGUAAAUGUAUCAUCCCCGGGCUACACUUCAUCUCAGGGGCAGAGUGUAGUUGUUCCAGAGAAUGGAACAAUAAUCAUGAACUUCACCCUGCAGCGUCUACCUCGUAAUGCUUCUGAGGACUUGAAACCAGAGGUUGUGACACAUCCAUUAACAAAUGCUGAAGGUUUUAUUCUGCCUACUUCAUUUUAUCACCAUAACUACACAGAGAUGGAAAACUUCCUUAAAAGCAUAGCAGCAACAUAUCCUUCAAUCACGCGCUUGUAUUCUGUUGGUAAAAGUGUUGAAGGUAGACAGCUAUACGUCAUUGAAAUUACUGACAACCCAGGACACCAUGAACCAGGUGAACCAGAAGUGAAGUAUGUGGGUAAUAUGCAUGGUAAUGAAGUGGUGGGACGUGAGGUGCUGCUACUCCUCAUAAAAUUCCUAUGUGAGAAUUAUGGAACCAAUGACACUGUUUCACGCAUUGUGAACUCUACUCGAAUUCAUAUCAUGCCAAGCAUGAAUCCUGAUGGUUACGUCAGAGCUAAAGUUGGUGAUGAGGACGGUGUUAUUGGACGAGAGAAUGCUCAUGGCAUAGAUUUGAACCGGAACUUCCCUGAUCAGUACCAACAAACGAAGGACAAUCGAGUGACAGAACCUGAGACUGCUGCUGUUAUGCACUGGAUUCUGUCUUUCCCAUUUGUGUUAUCAGCAAACUUGCAUGGUGGUGCACUGGUAGCCAAUUAUCCAUUUGAUGACAAUCCUCCAGGCCGGAAGGGUGCAAAUCCUACUCCAGAUGAUGCUGUAUUUCGCUGGCUUGCGAAUUCCUAUGCUCAGGCUCAUCCUACAAUGCAUAAAGGCCUACCGUGUCCACUUUUUACGUAUGACAACUUUCCUGGUGGCAUCACAAAUGGUGCAGUUUGGUAUGAAGUGCCGGGAGGAAUGCAGGACUGGAAUUAUGUGAAAGCUGGAACCAUGGAGUUAACUCUGGAAAUAGGAUGCACAAAAUAUCCACUUGCUAAAGAUCUGCCUCGGUAUUGGAGCGAAAAUCGUGAACCAUUACUGCAACUCUUAGAUAAGGUUCAUGAAGGUGUUAAUGGAUUUAUUCUAGACAAGAAUGGUGAUCCGGUUCACAAUGCUACUAUAACUGUUUCAAGUCCAACUAUUGGUGCUUUACGUGAUGUACACUCUGCUGUUGAUGGUGACUACUGGCGCCUGCUGCCUCCAGGCACCUAUUCACUAAGUGUGUCCUCUCCUGGCUACAUCACAAAAACCAUUCAAGUUGAAGCACCUUCAUCUGGCACAGUUAAUAUUACUCUUGAAAAAACAGAGGUCACUGAACUGAAUCCUGGACGUUGGUCAAGAAUUUAUGAUUUUGGUCUGAAUGAGAAUGUGGCUCCAGUCCAUGGGUAUUCCGAUCAGAAUACGUUCAUGCAGCAGUUGCAGUAUCUGAGUUUACAGCACCCAGACAAAGCAGAAAUGCGGAAUGGUGUAUUAAGAAUAAGUGAUGAGAUGGGUGCACCAGAAGAGGGCAAGCUGCAUGUGGCACUGGUAGGAUCAUUGUUUUCCUCUCAGCCAGCAGGCCGAGAAUUGGUGCUACGAGUUGCAAGACAUUUGUUGGCUGGAAUUGCAAAACAAGAUCCUCUUGUUACUAAUGUUCUUAAAAAUACAGUAGUUGUUAUUGUGCCUGGUGCCAAUCCACAGAUGUAUGAUGGUAGUGUCUGUAAUCCACCAGCUGGUCCUCUCGACUCUGGAGAAGCUAUAAAUCCAGCAGUACGGUCAUUGUUGGGUGUACUUAAUAUUGAGCAGCCGGAUGCUGUGCUUGCUGUUGGUGGUGGAAGUCUCCGCUUCAGUGUACCAAAUGCUGAGCUGGAUACUGUGAAUGAAGCAGUGAUUAAGAUGUUGUCCAAUAGUUAUUCGGAACACAUGCCGGCAAUUAAAGACUGUCCUGCCACAGCUGUUGGUAAUGAGAGAUGGAUGAAUGCAGAAAACCAGAUCCUUGCCACAGUUUACCAAGACUUCUCUGUUCCAAUGGUCGUGUCACAUAUAACAUGCUGUCAGAAUCCCCAGCUGUCUCAACUUACUCCACUUUGGAUGCAGAAUUUACGUCCACUAAUGCGUUUCAUUUCUGCAACACAACAAGGUAUUCGAGGUCGUGUUGUUGACCCAGAUGGUCAUCCUGUCCGUACAGCAGUAGUUACAAUCACAGGAUCUCCAAGAACUGUUUCUGUUACAAAGAAUAAUGCUUUAUUCAGAUUCAUUCUUCCAUCAGGAACAUACACUUUGAAUGUGUCAGCCAAUGGAUAUUAUCACAUUUCAAGGAAUUUUACAGUGUACACUGAACAGCUUACUGAGCUUAAAGUUGAACUUCAGCCAAUUCCUGGAGCUUCAUACCAUGGCUAUAAAAGACUUCAGAAAUUGAUGCUUCAUUUGAAUUCAGAAAAUUCUGAUAUUUCAAAGUUGUACUCAUUAGGAAAAAGUUCUGGAGAAAAAGACAUUUUGGUACUGGAUAUCUUCCCAAGACAGACUUCUGGUAGUAAACCGAUUGAAACACUCCCAACAUUGGCAUUGGUUGGUGGACUUUAUGCUGAACCAGUUACAACAGAGCUUGCAUUGAGAUUUGCAUUUCACCUUUUGUCAGAAAGAAAUUCAGCAGAUAGCGGUGACGUCUCACGAGUUUUAAAGAAUGCCAGAGUGAUGAUCAUGCCAGCGGUUAACCCAGAUUCUUUACUGGAAAAUGUAACUGAUUCCUCUGAAGUUAUCUCUGGGAGUGCAAAUAGUAAAAACUCACAUGGUAUAGAAAUUGAUAAGGAUUUUCCUACAGGUGAACUGCCAAAACACAUCCUGCAGCCUGAGACACAUUUGCUGAUGAAAUGGUUGGAGAGUGUAAACCCAGCACUGGUGAUCAACUUACGUGCUAGUUCAGUACAUGUUUCUGUACCUUCUGCAUCAGAAGAACUUUCUCCCUUGGAUAAAAAGGCUUUGCAAGAUUUGGGUCUCCUGUAUGCAUCCAGAAAUCCUGCAGCAGGCCAUGCAAAUUGCACUACAGGACCAAAUGGAAACCCUACAAGUGCUGUUGUGACAGCAGCUGAGUGGAACCCUCAACCCGGUAUGAUGCAGGAAUAUAGUUGGCGAAAUGCUGGUGUGACACAGAUGGAUGUGUACAUUGAUUGUUAUCGUAAACCACAUGUAUCACGGCUACCUGGUAUCUGGGAUGAAAAUCGAGGAGGAUUACUGGCCCUGCUGUCUGCUCCACUCAUAUCUGGACUGUCUGGUUAUGUGACAGACAAUGCUAAUUCACCAGUGGCUCAUGCUGAGAUUAGAGUGGCAGGAAAUCAGUUUGUUGCAAGAACAACUGAAUUUGGUCAUUUCUGGAGACCGCUCCCAUUCAGAAACACUGAACCUGAGUUGGAAGUAGCAGCUUCUGCUCCUGGUUAUCUGUCAGCAGCUCGCCUUCUUCAGCUUCCAGAGUCAGGGGAGAUGCACACACCAUCAGCUUUGAUGUUCCAUAUAGAAAGGGAUGCCCGUGUACUUGGCAUGCCACGGCUUGCCUUUGUUGUUGUGGCUGGAGCUGUAUGCCUCCUCAUUGUCAUAUUGGCAACUUGUUGUUACGCUACCUGGCAGCGUAGAAGGCGAACACAGUAUGAUAAGUACAGCUUCCUGCAGCUUGCAUCAGAGAGAGUUUCAAUGUUUGAUGAUGACGAUGAUGAUGAGAAAGAAAAUGAAAUUUUUCGUGCUCCUUUCAUAGAUUCCAGAAGUGAUGCCAAGAUAGAUGAUGAUGGUAUACGACCCUACUAUGACAAACUGAUCAACCGAGAAGACAGUGAGACAGAUUCUGAAGAAGAUGAAGAUAUUGUUCUUGUUCGACCACAACAGUAGUGACUAAUAUUAUGAUAUAUCCAGUCUUUCACUAUUUUGUAACUGUUCCAUUAGGCUGUGUUUACUCCAGGACAUCCUUGAGGAGAUGAUGAACAAUUAAGUUCCCCCACUCCCUUCCUGAUAUGAUUAGUAAAAUAGUUAAUUCUUGUCCCUAUAAAAUAUUUGUUAGUGGACUUGAAAACUGUAACACAAUAGGAUGUCAUGUACUAUGUUAUGUUGUCCUUUACAGAUUAUUGUGUAGUGACACUUGUCAUUUUUCCAAAGUUGACAAAAUUAUGAUUAUUUUGCUAAUUAGUUUCAUAAGAUGAUUGGAUCAUCACUGUUAAAUGAUUUCAAGUGGCAUUGCAGUAGUCAUUCCUAAAAUAUUGACAUAUUACAGUAUCAGUUACAAUGUAUGUUAAGCCUAUGUACUGUCAUUUGUAGAUUCAUUAGUAGUUCCAUUCCAUGCUCACUACACUUAUAAUUUUUAAAGAAGUUAUUUUGUCUAAUUUUAUCCAUACCCUUGCUUGACAGUUACUCCAAAGUAAGGGGGGAAGUAAAAAGACUACAUAAAAGGUGUUUUCUUGUAAGGAAAUCACAGUGUAAUUAGUGGUAAUGUAAUAAGUUAACGUUAGUAUGUUGGUUAAAGCUUCAGAGGAUCUGUGUAAAGCAUUUUUAUGUAUUUUAUUUAUCUGUAAAUAAACAGUCCCACCACCACCACCACCACCACCACCACCACCACCAGCCCCAUUGCCCCCAACUCAAUCACCACCACCUCAAACACUUUAGUUUCUUGAUUUACUCCUUUUUAUAUAUUUUAUAUGUGCUAAUAUUUCAUUCAUAACUCAGAAAAGUCCCAAUCUUUGUAUGAAUCAUUGUAGCUUUCCCUUGAGAUAUUUUUAUGAAAUAGUAUGCUGACUUAUUUUUCCCAGCUGUCUCCGAAUACUUGCUUCUGUAUUAUUAAACAGAUAAACAUACAACUAACCACAUAAAAUACUGUUAUAUCAGCAAACUAACACUAUUGCUGACAAUAAUAGUUUGUGUGUGACUGGAGAUCAAACAGUAUUUUGUGUACAGUGUAGUAAAACAGAGACAACCAACUUUGCCUUUGUUGUGAGCAGAACUAUUCCAAAACACAUUCCAAGAAUUAGUCCUUAAAUUGAUGGACAUUAUAUUUGAUGGCAGCUGCUAUUAGGAAUUGCUAUUGGCAAGACUAUAUGGAGGGUAAUGGCUACCUUUGAGCAUAAUACACCAAUUGUAAUAUUAAGUUUGAAACCUGUAAGCACAUAGAAAUGUUUGAAUUCUAAUGAAAAAGCCAGUUUUGAACUUUUGAAUUUACUUAUCAACAAAUCAGUUGAUUAAAAGUACAAGAAACUGUAAAGAAGUUUUUAAUUUUAAGAUUUGCAGUUCCUCAACAUGUGGGAGAAGAACCAAAAAGCUGUUAAUGAAAAUAUUUUAUAAUAUACACUGUGUAAAAAACACUUGUAAAGUUUUUAUGUUGUUUUGUAAUCAGCUGUUACUCCAAAAUGGAAAUAUUUUUAUAGUCGUAUGUAUUCCGUGUUUUGCUAUUGACUUCUUACACACAAAUGAAACUGCAGUGACGCAAUUCUGUAAGAGAUAACAAUGAAGUAGCCUAUUCAUGUAAAUAAUAUAUUUUCUGUUGUAUGAUGUUUAAUAUCCAUGUGAGAUAAUUUUUUGCUGACUAAAAAAAUGACAUUUUUGAAUGUUUGACGUUUUACCAUACAUGGUAAAUGCAGAAGAUUUUAACCAAGAAGUCUUUUAAAUUUAAGCACUUUGAGGGACCAUUAAAUAGCAAUAAUUAUUGUGAGUACUAUAUUUUUAGAUGUAUUUUGAUGUGAAUAUUGUCAUUACUUUUGGGACCAUUUUGCACACUGUAAACAAAUUGGAGAGCUGUUUAUAGUAUCAAAAGGCCACCAACUUAGAUAGCAGUCAUUGGAUACUAUGUAUGUAAUACUGCAAUUGUUUGUAUCAAGAAUUCAAUAAAAUUAAUUUUGUGAUAAA